AUGGAAAUACCUGCGUCGAAAAUGGACGAUGCUAUCGCAUGGAAUAUUCCACUUGGUGACCUGUCCGAUUGGAUAUCUGCUCAAUCACCGUGGAAUCAAACCGUUGGCUACAUUGGACCGGAACAGACAGCACCUUCUCCAUGUGCAGGACUGGGACUUUCAUGUUGUGAGUUGUCCCGAAUAAGUCACUGUUCUUCUCAGAACGCAGCUCUAUAUUCACUUGUUUCACAUGAAUUUUGUUAUGGUCAUUACUUUCGUUUUCUAUGUAUUGGAUUCACUGUGUUCCCUUGUCAAAUCAUGUAG